AUGCAUACAUUCUCUUUUAUCCGGCCCCUGCUGAGCGGCCUCUUCCUAAGCUGUCGCGCAUCUGCAAGUGAUCCGCAUAAGUACAUUCCUCCCACCGCAAGCGAUAGUCGCUCCCCAUGCCCGGGUCUCAACGCGCUGGCCAACCAAGGUUACAUCCCCCGUGACGGCCGCAACAUCGACCCGGCUCAGCUCAAAGAAGCCAUGAUCGAGGUGAUGAACCUGCAGAUCGAGCCCUUCGACACCGAGAUCCAAGUUACCCUCGACCAUUCUACUACGGGCAACAGCUCUACCUUCAACCUGGAGGACUCGAACGUCCAUAACAACAUCGAGAUUGAUGGCUCGCUGUCCCGCAAAGACUUAUACUUCGGCGACAAUAUUCACUUCGAUCAGGCCAUUUGGGACCAGAGUUCGUCCAAAUUUGAGGGUGACAUCAUCACAAUUCGCACAGCUGCUGAGUCUCGAGCUUAUCGAACCAUGAUGGCUGAGAAGGUGAACCCGAAUUUCACAGCCAACCCGUUCAUAGCAGGGCUCGCGCCUGCCAUUUACAUGUUGGUCUUCGGAGGUGUUAAUGCUACGGAAACCCAAAGAGACUGGAUAGAGUCAUUCUUCCGGGACCGCCUGCCGACACAUCUGGGCUGGACUAAGUCGCCAGUAGAACUCACAAAGGACAAUCUCUUCGCAAUGUCUUCAACUAUUGCGGCAGUACCAGUUGCUACAGCCAUGCCUUGA